UUGCGUCAAAAAAAAAAUGGAGUCUGAUACCUGAGUCUAGAGGUGUCUGGAUUCACUAAAGGCUUCGAUAAACAUUAUUCUGCUAAAACUGAAGGAUUAUUGACCCGCUUGGAGCUGUUUGUUCCCCGCUGGUCUCUUUAUCUGCUGUCAGGUUCCGUGUUUUAUCUUCGCUGUCGUUAAAAUCUUUCUGCCAUGUUGGGAGAAGCUGAGCCGCAGUGGCUCAACGAGGAGGUGAAAACAGGAACAACUAUAAUUGCUGUAGAGUUUAAUGGAGGGGUCGUGUUGGGGUCUGAUUCCAGAGUAUCUGCGGGGCAGUCAGUGGUUAACAGGGUGAUGAAUAAACUGUCUCCACUUCAUGAUAAGAUCUACUGCGCUCUGUCUGGAUCUGCAGCAGACGCUCAGACUAUUGCUGAGAUCGUGAACUACCAGCUGGAUGUCCACAGUAUGGAAAUCGGUGAAGACCCACAGGUUCGAUCAGCUGCCACUCUAGUGAAAAACAUCUCAUACAAGUAUAAGGAGGAGCUGUCAGCACAUCUUAUUGUGGCGGGCUGGGACAGAAGAGGAGGAGGACAGGUUUUUGCAACCCUGAAAGGACUCCUGACCAGGCAGCCUUUUGCUGUUGGAGGCUCUGGAAGCUCCUAUGUUUACGGAUUUGUUGAUGCUGAAUAUCGCAAAGGAAUGACUAGAAAAGAGUCCCAGCAGUUUGUGGUUAACACUCUGGCUUUGGCAAUGAAUCGAGACGGCUCCAGCGGAGGUGUAGCCUAUUUGGUCACCAUUGAUGAACAUGGAACAGAGGAGAAUGUCAUUCUCGGAAAUGACCUUCCCACCUUCUUUGAUCAGUGAUAUUUCUGUCAUCUAUCAGUUUUUUAUUAAAGUGCAGGUUUCUGCUCUCUCCACUACUGGCUGUAAACCUGGAACCAACAUACUUUUACCAUGCUCAAAUAAAUGACAUUUCUUUCAAAA